AUGACGGCACCACCACACAUUCCUGAGGACAGCAAUGAUUUAGAUGGGGAGGAUCUUUGUGAACCGCCCACUCCUGCUCAACCACCAAACCAUUCUACAGAGCAACCCGACCCUUUACCCGAUCAUACUACCCGGGUAGAUGAUCAGGUUGACACUCCGGUCAGUCCACCUCCUAUAGACAAACCAGGAGGAGAGAAACAGAAAGAAAGACGAUUCAUCCCUCCACCUUACAAGCCUCCCUUGCCAUUUCCUGGUCGAUUUCGCAAGGAACUUCUUGAGAAGUACAAGGCGUUGUUCGAAAAACAGAUGUAUGAACUCGAGCUUCCCAUGCCUCUAAUGGACGCUUUCACCCUGAGGACUACUACACCUAAGAAACUGAGCGACCCGGGGUCGUUCACUUUACCUUGCUCAAUUGGACCAUUGACGUUCGGAAGAUGUCUCUGCACCUUGGGGGCAUCAGUCAGCUUAAUGCCUUUAACUGUAGCCAAACGUCUUGGAUUCGAGAAAUUCAAACCCACCGACAUCCAACUUGUUUUGGCAGAUCGAACUACAAGGUUGCCAAGUGAAGUAUUGGAAGACUUACCGGUCAAGGUGGGAUCAGUAGAUGUACCAACCGACUUCGUGGUUUUGGAAAUGGAUGUAGAGCCAAGGGAUCUGCUUAUCUUAGGAUGA